AUGGUUGUGUUUAACAGCCAGGAGCAAAGAGAAAUAACUGGUAUUUCCCGGGACAGGGGAAGUAGAAACUCUUCUCUGUUUUCAACUUCACUGAGAGAUACCUUACAAAAGAAGAUCAGUGUCCUAGAACAUCAGAUCUAUGAGAAACACAACAGCUCCGAACACCAUAAUAAAGAAAACUUUAGAGUCAGUUUCCCUCUCAGAACAAAUUACAUGUACGCCAAGGUCAAAAGGACUCUUCAUCAUGAGAUUUUCGCAUUCACCAUCUGCUUGUGGCUAAAGUCUAAUUCAUCUCCUGGUGUGGGCACACCCUUCUCAUACUCUGUUCCCGGCCAAGCCAAUGAGGUGGUGCUUAUCGAAUGGGGCAACAACCCAAUGGAAUUGCUUAUUAAUGACAAGGCUGCCACAUUACCACUGGCCAUCAAUGACGCUAAGUGGCAUCACGUAUGUGUCACUUGGUCAACCAGAGAUGGGGUAUGGGAGUCUUACCUGGAUGGUGUGAGACGAGGAAAUGGAGAAAACCUGGCAGCAUGGCAUCCAAUUAAACCUGGUGGAGUUUUUAUCUUGGGACAGGAACAGGACACGUUGGGAGGAAGAUUUGAUGCUACGCAAGCCUUUGUGGGUGAAAUCUCUGACUUUAACAUGUGGAGCCACAUCCUAACUCCAGGUGAGAUCUACAAGCUGGCCACAUGUGCGGCUCACUCCACCGGUGAUGUCAUAGAGUGGACGGAGUCUUCAAUGGAGCUCCACGGGGGUGUAUCCAAACUCCCAUUUAAUUCUUGCCAUUGACAUGAGGGGUCCCUCCACAUACAGCAUGCUCUGAUAGGGGGCCCAGACAUGGAAUGGGCUCCCACCACACCAAAGACUAUUGCUUCAAUUGGAGUAGAAACAAUUGUAUGUCCUAUUUUUCCUAUUAUAUCACUU